ACAGCGAUCACAGCCACCAGUAGUCGAUCCUAGGUGACUAGCUAGCAGAGCUUGUAUCGAGGAAAUCGAUCUGAUGGGGAGGUCGCCGUGCUGCUGCCACGACGCGGGCGUGAAGAAAGGGCCGUGGACGGAGGAGGAGGACAAAGCGCUGGUGGAGCACAUCCAGAAGCGCGGCGGGAACGUCGGCAGCUGGCGCGGCCUUCCCAAGGCCGCCGGGCUGAACCGCUGCGGCAAGAGCUGCCGCCUCCGGUGGACCAACUACCUCCGCUCCGACAUCAAGCGCGGCAACUUCUCCGAGGAGGAGGAGCGCCUCAUCAUCACCCUCCAUGCCAGCCUCGGGAACAAGUGGUCGACGAUCGCGACGCACCUGGAGGGCCGGACGGACAACGAGAUCAAGAACUACUGGAACACGCACAUCCGCAAGAAGUUGUUGCGCAUGGGCGUCGACCCCGUCACGCACCAGCAGCUGCCACCCGACCAGACCAACCACGACGUCAAUGGCGCCGCCGCCGCGCUCCUCCCCGAGGCGCUCCUCUGGGCGGCGGCGGCGGUGAGCCUCGGCGGCCUGGACACCGGUGCCCUCAUGCAGGCGCAGGUUCUGCAGCAGCUGCUCCAGGCCAUCGGCUCUAACAACAGCACCACCGGCCUCAUAGCCAACCUGGCUGCAGCAAACACACUGCUGAACUCAAGCAGCAGCAUCGUUCCGAACCAGAUGAACUACCUGCAGACGGGUUAUCUCUGCAACACCUCCAAUUUUGCAGAGCAGCACGUGGUGCAGCAGCAGCUGACCAAUGAUACGUCUCCGGGGACGAGCACCUUUGCAGCUGCUGAACGGGCUGAUCAGCUCUGCAACACUGCCGCUUCAUAUAAUGUUGCACCCGCAGGUGACUGGCCGCCGGCGCAGGAGUUCGGCGGCUUGCUGGAGCCCAUGAUGGAGCUGCCCGGGCUGUGCUCUCUCGAGGGUGACUCUUUCUGGAAGGACAUAUUGGAAGACAGCUACUGUUUAUAGAUGUCUUGUGUAUGACAGUUUUGUACAGUGUUAGAUCCAUCAUAACGGUGUGCUACAACAUUCAUUGAUUUGUUUGUGUUCAUUGUGGUUCUUCCAAUAGAUUUUUCAGUGAAGUUGAAGGUUGUCAACUGCUGAUUUGAUGUGACUCGUGCUACACUUUCCUUAUAAGUUAACAUGUUGCCACUCGACACAAACGCGAUGACAAAAAUGAGAUUCCAGAUAACUGAAACACUUUGUCACAAUAACGGUGGCGCUUAAGAUAUAAUUUGGCUUCAAUCCGGCCUUAGCUAUAGUGUUAUACUGGCUUACU